AUGGGCGUCUCAAUCAUAGAUACGCAGCGCGAGAUCAUUGUCGACACCGUCCGCAACACCGCACGCGGAGAAUGGAAGGUCCUGGUCCUCGACGAGCUGAGCCGCAAGCUCAUCGACAACGUCGUCAACGAAGAUGACAUCCUCAACGAGAACGUCACCAACAUCGAGCUGAUCGAGGACCGCCGCCCCAUGAACCAGGACAUGGACGUCGUCUACAUCCUCACCCCGCAGCCGCACAUUGUCGACUGCAUCUUGGCCGACUUUGAGCGCCGCCGCUACCGCAAGACGUACCUGAUCUGGACCUCAUUGCUCCCUGGCCCGCUGCGCGAGCGCAUCGACAAGUCGACAAUGGCGAGGGAGCAGAUUGUCCUGUUCAAGGUGCUCAACGUCGAGUACUACCCGCGCGAGUCCCACCUCGUCACCUUCCGCGACCCCUGGAGCUUCCCGGUGCUCUUCCACCCGGCUUGCAACAACCUGAUCCGGCGUCACAUGGAAGAGAUGGCACAAAAGAUCGUUUCCCUCUGCGUCUCCUUGGGCGAGUACCCCACCAUCCGCUACUACAGACCCAAGAAUCCCACCCACGAAGCCAGCGUCCUGUGCUCGCACUUGGCGCGAUUCGUGCAAGAGGAAAUCGACAUGUACGCCAAGUUCCACGAGAAUUUCCCGCCUCCUUCGAACCGCCCCCGCGGCGCCCUGUACAUUCUCGACAGAUCCAUGGACUUGCACGCGCCUUUCCUCCACGAAUUCACCUAUCAGGCCAUGGCGCAUGACCUGCUUCCGAUAAAGGACGGAGACAAGGUUACCUACAAGACGGUCAUCAACGAGGGCGAGCCCGACCAAGACGAGAAGGAAAUGGAGAUAGGUGACAAGGAUAGGAUAUGGGUCGACAACCGCCAUCGCCACAUGAAGGACACUAUCGAAAAGAUCAUGAGCGACUUUCAAAAAUUCAUCGACGAAAACCCCCACUUCACUAAGCAGGAUAGCGGUAACGCGACGAGUCUGAACGCCAUCAAGGACAUGAUGGCUGGUCUGCCGCAGUUCCAGGAGAUGAAGGGUGCCUACUCGCUGCAUUUGACCAUGGCUCAGGAGUGCAUGAACAUUUUCCAGAGGCACAAGCUGCCGGAUGUGUCCUCGGUGGAGCAGUCCCUCGCCACCGGCCUGGACGAAGACUACCGCAAGCCUAAGAAUAUGGCAGACCAGCUGGUCCGCAUCCUUGACGAGGACAGCAUCACCCCUCCGGACAGGCUCCGAUUGAUCGCUUUGUACCUCCUUUACAAGAACGGUCUUUUGCCAUCGGAUCUGCAGAUGUUGUUGGCCCACGCGCAACUGCCUCAGCAGGAUAGCGCUGUGCUCAAUAACCUCGAUCUUUUGGGCGCUCGCGUCGCCAAGCCAUUGAAGGACAACACGCCACCGCCGCCUCCUUUGUUCGCCCAGAAGCAGCCGCCCGCAGGCAUGGAGGAAGAGUACGCCCUGUCCCGCUUUGACACCAACUUGAAGCGACUCCUGGAAGAGCAUGUUCGCGGCGCCCUCGAUCAGCAGGUCUUCCCUUACACCAAGCCGCACACGGACGCCGCCGCCGAUCAAGCUGCCGCCGAAGCGAGCGUUGCUGCUUCCUCUCUCCGCUCCGCCAAGCCAACCUGGGCAAAGUCGCGCGUCAACGCCGUCGAGCCUCGCCAGCGCGUCAUCGUCUUCAUGGCCGGCGGCGCGACGUACUCGGAAGCGCGGGCGUGCUACGAAACCAGCAAUGCGACGGGGCGCGACGUGUUCCUGGCGACGUCGCACAUGCUGACGCCGCAGCUGUUCCUGCGCCAGCUGGGCGACCUGUCGGUGGACAAGCGGCGGCUGAACAUUCCGGCGGACCAGCCGCCCAAGAAGGCGCCGGCGCACCUGUUUGAGCGCGAGGAGCCGCCCAAGCCGGUGGCGCCGAAGCUGCCGCCCCACGUCCAGAUGCAGAAGCUGCAGGCCAUGACGCCGCCGCCGCCGCCGCCCGAGAAGGAAAUGGCAAACAUGAGCAUGAAUGGCGCGCCGAGGCCCGGGAGCCAUUCAAGCCCGGCGCACCAUGCGCCGCCGGGGGGCAAGCCGGAGAAGGAGAAGAAGAAGAAGCACCAUUUCUUCUCGAGCAGGAAGGACAAGUCUUGA